CGGGUACUUAACGAAUGCAAAUUUUUUGAGUUUGUGUAUGACUGGUCGUUAUUUUUGUCAUUUAGUUUUCUUUUUUCGUGUCUUGUGAAUUUAUAAUAGUGUACCAAGAUGUCUUAUAGUAAUUCCCCUUCUGAUCAUCAAGAUGUAUAUCAGUUCACUUAUCCUCACAACUAUCAUUAUAUGUCUGAUGGAUCCACAAUAGGAGGAGACGAAUCAAACUUUUGGUCAAACAGUCCAAGAUCAGAAUCAGGUUCUCCAAGUAAUAUUCAUCAUUCACACAACCAAAUUGAUAGUACCUAUCUUUAUUCAAAUGGAGGUUGCCCUACAUCUAAUCAUUAUGCACAUUACAGAACUACAAUUCCUGGAGAAAUAGAUAAUACAAUCGUAAUCGGACCGCCAUUUGUAAGGGUAGCAAAACGACGAACAACGGCAAAUAAAAAAGAGAGACGAAGGACUCAAAGUAUAAAUAACGCUUACCAUGACUUGCGAUCGUGUAUUCCUAACGUGCCUGUUGAUACUAAAUUAUCAAAAAUUAAAACAUUGCGAUUGGCAACAUCUUAUAUUUCGUAUUUAACCAGAGCAUUGGAAACUGACGAUACACCAGGGACAUUCAAGGCAGAAUUAGGAAGUCUUCCUAGGAAAUCGAGCAACAAUAACAGCAAUAGUAUGCAACAUAAUACAGUCAAUAAUAAUAAUUGUUCUAUUAGUAGUCAUGGUUCUCCAAAUAGCGAUAGCUCGGAAGAGGCAAAUUCAAAAAAAGCAAAAGGUCGAACGGGAUGGCCACAACACGUAUGGGCCUUAGAACUCAAACAAGAGCAAGCUCUUUAAAUACAUUUAAUUAUUAAUCAAUUAAUACCUUAUAGUGUUCUGAAUACCUACAAUGUGUGAUGGUGAUGUCUGACUAUCUCCAUUUUUUAAGGCACUUUUGUUACCUACCUAAUAGCUAAUAGUUACUCUAAGGCUUUAUUACCAAAGAUGCAUUUUAAAUGUUGUUUAAAUAAAUACAUUGAACCUUAGUAGUAUUUAGAAUUCAUUUAUCAAUAAGAAUCGCUUUUGAGAAACUAAAACUAAUCUUAUUAUUUUCGAAAAUAUAUUGACAUUGUCGUUCAUAUGGAAAUUGUUUAGUUCCUAAUUGCGGUUCUGCUUCCUGAUGUAAAUAUAUAUUCUGUUUUGGUUAAAUGUUGCCACAUGGCCCCUAUAAUGUAUACAUUUACUUACCUACACCUUUUAAGCGUUUUAUAUAUUGUAGCGAUAGUCGAGAGUUUAGUGUAUAAUUAGAUAUUAUAUGUGCUUUUUUGUGUAUGUUUAUUGCUUUGUUUACGCAAUAAGCGACAAAAUGGUAUUUAGCGAUAACUUUUUUUUCUAACUUAUUGCAAAUAAAUCGACUUAUAGGAUCA